AUGGACCGUAGCCCACCAGGCUCCUCUGUCCAUGGGCUCCUCCAGGCAAGAAUACUGGAGUGGGUUGCCAUCUCCUCCUCCAGGGGAUCUUCCCCGACCCAGGGAUUGAGUCCUCGUCUCUUAUGUCUUCUGUGUUGGCAGGCAGGUUCUUUACCACCAGCACCUAAACAAAGGCGCUUCGUCAGAAGGAAGGUCCCCAGGGCUGGUGUCCGGCAGGGACUUCUGGGGAUAGCUCCUGGGUGCUCCAGUGACUUGCCCUCGGGUGGCCUGCUGGGCAAGGAGGCCCAGCACGUGGACUGCCCAGAGUCCCCCAAGACGCACCGGGGCCCCUCGCAGGGCAGGUUCGGGCCCCUGCCCCUCCUCACCUGUCCUGAACGAGGCACCGCGUCUGUGGCCACGGGGACGACAGAGGCCCCUCACCAGGCCCUCCCGCCUCGACACAGGCUGCGUGGGGGCGCCCAGCCUGGCUCCAUCCCUGGCGCCGACCCACUGAGCGAGCCCUCAAGCAGGUCCCGUCACCCUCUGGACCUGGCUUUCCUCUCGGGGGCCAGCCUGUGGGCUCCUCCGAGAAUCCCUCGGGGACCGCAGGGCCCCCUGACAUUGCUCGUUCUGAGGAUCGGAUCCUGGGUCCCUCUGGCCCCCAUAGACCCAGGGCCACUUUGCUCCCAGACUGACUCUUCCUGCCCAUCUCUUCUGAGAGACCUGAGUGGGUCCCAGGACCCAGACAGAGUGGGGCGUGCUGAGGGUCUGCUCCCAAAGGAACAUGAACCACAGCCCUCAGGACGCCUGGUCAGUCAGAUGGUGGACGGGGUGGGUGAAACCGAGGGUGGAGGUCUCUGGGAUCCUCGCCGCUUUCUGUAA